AUGGCCGGAAACCCUCGGAAGGCGGUCGUGGAUGCGGGGGUCGGGGUGUGCUUGCGGCCAAGGGUGGCGGCCGGUUUCGCCCGACUGUCGGCGUCGUUCGAGGCGCAGGGCCGACACGCCGACGUCGUUCGAGCCUGCUUCUUGGGUAUGAGAUGCGGCGACAGCAGCAAGAACGGCGAGCUUGGUCGGCGCAUGUCUAGCGCGAGGGAGGCCGGCCAGCUGCCCCCGCUGGAUUGGACCCCGCCAGAUAGACGCGAGAGGUGGACCUGGGCGUUCCUGUCGUUCCGCGGCUUCCUCUUGCGCCUAGCGGCUGGGAUCGCCGGACGGCUCCGGGUGGGCGGAGCAGGUCUGGCGCUCGCGGCUUGCGCAGGGGGGCAAGGGUUCUCGAGCCCCCCGUGGCCACGAGGGGCUAUGCCUCCGGUGCUUCUCGAGGCGCCGUAG